GAGACUCUUUAUAGAUACAUGCAUCAUAUGGCGAAACUUAUCACUACAAAUUCACACAGGAAUUAUAGAAGCUAGUACUGCAGGAUUCGACCAUGGCAGCUUCAACUAUGACUACCGACGUGUUUCAGCUUGGGAAGUACGAGACCGUGCUUAUAAAGGUAGCCACGUCGCCUUCCGAUCUCGCGAAUCCGCCUCCGAAGCCUCUUCUGAUCGGAGCUCCGGCUGAAGCUGCCGGAGAGUUCCCUGUUAUGGUGCUCCUCCAUGGUUUUAUGAUGGAAACUUCCUUCUACUCGCAGCUCAUCCGACAUGUUUCCUCUCAUGGCUUUAUCGUGGUCGCUCCUCAGCUUUACACCUGUUCCGGGAGUAACAGCGCCGAUGAGAUCAACGCCGCAGCGGCAACCACGAACUGGCUGUCCCAAGGCCUCGCCGCGGUCCUCCCACCCCAGGUCCGCUCGAACCUCAGCAAGCUCGUCCUCGCCGGCCACAGCCGCGGAGGCAAAGACGCCUUCGCGCUCGCCCUCGGCAAAUCAUCAACCCCACUCGCCCUGCCCUUCUCGGCCUUGAUCGGCAUCGAUCCCGUCGAUGGCCUGGCCUCAUGCUGCUGUCAUAUCCAGACCAAACCGGCCGUCCUCACCUACGUUGCACAGUCCUUCGACCUGAAGAUGCCCGUGAUGGUGAUCGGGUCAGGCCUGGGCGAGGACAAGAAGUGCGGCGUCUUGCCGGCGUGCGCACCAAAGGGGUUGAACCACGCGGAGUUCUUCAAGGAGUGCCGAUCGCCUGCUUGGCGCUUCCUCGCACUAGAUUACGGCCACAUGGACAUGCUCGACGACGACACGCCGGGGUUGCGAGGGUUGAUCUCAUACUGCUCGUGCAAGAACGGGAGAUCCAGAGAGCCCAUGAGGAGGUUCGUCGGAGGGGUGGCAGUGGCGUUCAUGAGGGCCUACUUGGAAGACGACGAUGGGCACGUGACGGCUUUGAAGGACACGCCCGACAUUGCUCCUGUGCAGAUCACAGUUGAGGUUCGCCUGUGAAACUGGUUGGUGAAGAUUCUCUAGGAACUGUUGUUGGUCGAUGUGUUUUGUCGUUUUAGAGGUGGACAAGCUACUGAGCACUUUCGUGGGCCAUCACUAUUGUUUGAAUGUCGUGUCACUUGAUUUUUAUUGAGAUGGUUUACAUUAUUUA